AUGGUUCAAAACCAGGAAGCUGCAUCUACUGCACGUGGACAAGUGGUCCAGGAUCAAAACACACACGGAAGGCUGAUGCAUCAGGAGGGUGGUUAUGAUCCAGCUUGGCAGAAUCCUUCCAGAAACAUCAUACCGCCAAGUCUUUCAAUUUCAUUAUUUGUUGAGAACGUUAUUGAUCUCGAUCCUCACGUGCUUGUCACUGUUUCCGGAGUUGGGGAGACUCGAUGUUUUCUGAGUAAUCUGAAAGACCAGUGCUAUGCUCGAGCUGCGAAGCAUGCUGAAUGGAUGAUUUGCUCUACUAUCGGCGCUCUUGAAUACUUCAGGAGUCUGGGUCAAGUUAACGCAGAAUAUAAUGGUUGCGUAAGUGGAUACUACGUCUCAGUUGCCGGGUGGAAGAGGAGCUCUUACAAUUUACAUGUCCGUCCUGAAUUUUUCUACGAAAACAUUGGAUGCCCUAUUGCUUAA